CUAAUCGAAUCUCUUUCUCUCUCUAAAAUAUAUUUUUCCCUCUCUCUCUCUUUCUCUCUCUUCACCUCGAAAGCGAAAUCGAAGUACGAAAAAACAAAAUCGUUUUUUUAAAAUCGGAUCCGAAGCAAAAUACGAACCAGAAUAACUGAAAACCCUAACCCUAGCCGCGACUUUAUCCUCUCUCUCUCUUCUCACUCCGCAUGUGAAAGACGUUAGCCACAGUGAGAUUAGGGUUAGGGUUUCAUUUUCGGCGUAAGGAAGGUCUCGAAGGAGAGCCAGAUUUAGGAUAAGGAUUGGGAUUAGGUUUAGGGUUAAGAGUUUUGGGGGCUCCGGGGAUGGAAUGCGGUGGUGGGUGGUGUUGUUGUUGCUGAUGACCGGAGACCGAUGUCACCGGCAGAGGAAGAUGAUGGGUAGGGGUGCGGACGGAGGUUGUGGCACUGAGGAGAGGCCUUGCCCUGUUUCUAGGGUUCCGGCCAAAAAUCCGGCGACCCAACCGGAAAUUGAAGAAAAGCAGCGGACUUCACCAGAUAUUGAUUUAUACUCGCAGGCUAGGAAAGCGCUCAGCGAGCGCUCGCCUUUCGACGCUGUUCCCGAGGAGAAUUCGGCUUUGAGUUUGCUCACUUUGCCUAGUGGGUUGGCUAGUUUCUUGUGGAGGAGUUCGGAUAGUCGAAGGCGGCACAAGAAGUCACAUUCGGGUGCGGAUAAGAAGUCUGCUCGGCCAGCUCGAGGUUCCAACAUUUGGGUUGAGACUGAGGAGUACUUUAGAGACCUCACAUUGCCUGAUAUUGAAGCCUUGUAUGAGGUAUCUUCUCCUCUUAGUUCUUUAGUGACUCGGAAGUGUUUUCUUAUUCCGUUUUUGGAAAAUGACCCGAGGGCGAGUGUAGGUAGUUUUGGAAAUGAGAGUGUGAAUGAGCAGGGUGGGAAUGAAGGUGGGAAUGAAGGUGGGAAUGGGAAUGGAAAUGGGGAUGGAGAGGGAAAUGAAAAUGGAGAUGGAAAUGGAAAUGGGGAUGAGAAUGAGAAUGAGAAUGAGAACGAGAACGGGAAUGGGAAUGGGAAUGGCAAUGAGAAUGGGAAUGAGGAUGGGAAUGUAAAUGGGGUUGUUAAAGAGGAGGAGGUAAAGAGUGAGGCUGAGCAGGCUAUGGAAAUUGACAGUGUAGGAGCUGAUGUUUCGCCUCAGGAUGAAAAGAGUUGUUCUGUUUCUGAUUCCUCUGGUGGGUUAGAGUGGCUUUUAGGAACUAGGAAUAAGAUUUCUUUAACUUCGGAGCGUCCUUCGAAGAAGAGAAGGCUUCUGGGUAGUGAUGCAGGGUUGGAGAAAGUUUUAAUUGCUUGUCCUUGUGAAGGGAAUUCAUCUUUGUGCCAUUUUUGCUGUAUGGGUGACACGGGCAAGGAGUCCAACCAAUUGAUUGUUUGCAGUUUGUGUAAGGUUGCAGUUCAUCAGAAGUGCUAUGGUGUUCAGGAGGAUGUGGACGAGUCUUGGUUGUGUGCAUGGUGCAAGCAGACGAGUGAUAGCAAUGAUUCAGUGAAGCCUUGUAUGCUUUGCCCGAAGCAGGGUGGUGCUUUAAAACCUAUUCAUAAGACUAAUGAAAAUGAUGGAGCUUUGGAGUUUGCUCACUUGUUUUGUUGUCAUUGGAUGCCUGAGGUUUAUAUAGAGGACUUGAAAAAGAUGGAACCGAUCAUGAAUGUGGGAGGAAUAAAGGAAACCCGGAGAAAAUUGGUGUGUAACGUAUGCAAGGUGAAGUGUGGCGCUUGUGUUCGGUGCAGUCAUGGAACUUGCAGAACUUCGUUCCAUCCUUUAUGUGCAAGGGAGGCAAGAUUGAGAAUGGAGGUCUGGGGAAAAUAUGGAUGUGAUAAUGUGGAGUUACGAGCUUUUUGCCCAAAGCAUUCAGAUGUACAAAGUAGUAGCAGCACCUCACGUGUAGAUGAUCCGACUUUGGCUGUUGGUGGUGACUCCAAUGUUGCUAAUCAUCUUCCGGUGGCAGUCUCUUUGAACAAAUUGCACAAAUCAAAGAUUGAUUGUCAAAAUGGAGAGAACAUUGCCGUCCAUAUAGGAACUCCUGAUGCUACUUCUAAUAAAUCGGGCGAUAGUGGAUUACAAGAGAGAGGGUUUUCUUCUUCUGGAUUAAAUACUGGGAUUAUGUCAGAUUGUGGUGAUGCACAGCAACUCAUUAAUGUGGGAACACUACAGAGGAGUACUGAGGAUGUUAACCUAUCCGACUCCCUUAAUGUUGCCCUGAUUUUGAAGAAGUUGAUUGAUCGAGGAAAAACCAGUGUGAAAGAUGUAGCAUUGGACAUUGGCAUAUCACCUGAUUCAUUAACUGCCACACUUGCUGAUGAUGGCAUGGUCCCGGAAUUGCGUUGCAAAAUAUGGAAAUGGCUUAGAAAUCAUACUUAUAUAAGUACUUUAGAGAAAAAUCUGAAAGUUAAAGCAAAUUCAGAAAUUUUAUGCAAGGGUCAAGGUGGAACAACUGAUGGGUCUGAUGCUUUAGCAGUAUCAGAUUCUAAUAAUCCAGAUUCUGUUGCUGUUAAGUCAGUGCCCCCACGGAGAAGAACCAAAAGUAACGUUAGGAUUUUGAAGGAUAGCAAAGUAAUAUGUUCUCCGGAGGAAUUCUUUAGUGACAAUGGGAUAAUGAUCGCUCAGAAUAAAGUAGAUCAAUUUGGCAGUGAGGAAACAGAAAAAUCAAGUAAUAUAUCAAUCCCAAAUGCUACUGAAAAGAACUCCACUGAGGCUGAUGGGAUUGUAGAUUCUUUGCUGAGGCAUUCACCUAAAUCUGAAGGCAAUUCUGAUAGACCCUCAAAUUACAGCUUUCCUGGAAGGGUUCAUUUGGAGGACGUUGCCAUUUGUGAGCAGAAAGCAUCAGUGAAUGGAGACCAGGGAAAUCCAGUUUGCUCCACUGUAAAUUCAGUAGUCUCUGGUGUCAUGAAAACAGAAGCAGUAUCUAGUUUUUACAUCCACCCUUGUAUUUGCAAGAAAUUGUUGCAGAUGGAAUGGGUGAUGCUUUCAAAGCAUCCAGUAGAAUUUAAUGGUCCAAGGGGGAGAGAAAUCUCUCGGUUGGAGGCAUCUUCCACUGCCAGUGUUUGCUGUAAUCACCAAAAUCAACUUUCAAAGUGCAAUAACAAGAUUUGUAACUCUGAUGGACUGAAUUUAGAACAAUUGGCUAAGGCUAGGGAAAUGGGUGUUUUAGACUUGUCUCCAAAAGAUGAAGUGGAAGGAGAAAUUGUUUAUUUCCAGCAUAGGUUACUCAGCAAUGCAGCUGCAAGAAAGCAGUUUACUGAUAAUUUAAUUUGUAAUGUUGCUCAGAGUUUACCACGGGAGAUUGAUGCGGCACGUUGGCAGAGAUGGGAUUCUGUGCUUGUUAACCAAUAUCUCUGUGAGCUUAGAGAGGCAAAGAAGCAGGGUAGGAAAGAGAGAAAGCAUAAGGAAGCACAGGCUGUGCUGGCUGCUGCGACAGCUGCUGCUGCAGCAUCCUCCAGAAUUUCAUCAUUUAGGAAAGAUGCCUUUGAUGAUUCAGCUCAACAGGAGAGUUUGACAAAUUUGAUUACGUCUAAUGGGAGGUCUGGCAUCAGCUCCCAGUUGAUGCCACGGGUAACAGAGACACUUCCAAGGGUUGCCCCAAGGGUUUCAUCAGAAAGGCAGUCUGAUUUUGUUCAUUCGGUAUCAGAUCUUUCUAAGGAAAAUCCUAGAUCGUGUGAUAUCUGCCGACGGUCUGAGACAAUAUUAAACCCAAUUUUAGUCUGUUUGAGUUGCAAGGUUGCGGUUCAUUUGGAUUGCUAUCGUAGUGUUAAAGAAUCUACAGGUCCAUGGUGCUGUGAAUUAUGUGAGGAUUUGUCAUCUAGAAGCUCUGGAGCUACACCUCAUAAUUUUUGGGAGAAGCCUUAUUUUGUUGCGGAAUGUGGUUUAUGUGGUGGCACUGCUGGUGCCUUCAGGAAGUCGUCAAAUGGUGAAUGGGUCCAUGCUUUCUGUGCUGAGUGGGUCUUUGAAUCAACAUUCAGGAGGGGACAAGUAAAUCCUAUUGAAGGAAUGGAGACUGUUUUGAAGGAGGCUCAUGCUUGCUAUAUCUGCCGUCGUAAACAUGGUGUAUGCAUAAAGUGUAACUUUGGCCACUGCCAGAUCACUUUUCAUCCAACAUGUGCCAGAAGUUCUGGCUUCUACAUGAAUAUAAAGAAUUAUGGUGGCAAGUUGCAGCACAAGGCUUAUUGUGAAAAGCAUAGCUUGGAACAAAGGGCAAAGGCUGAAACCCAUGAGCAUGGAAUUGAGGAAUUCAAGAAAUUCAAGCAAAUUAGGGUUGAACUAGAGAGGUUACGCCUUAUUUGCGAGAGAAUAAUCAGACGUGAAAAAAAGAAGCGGGAGUUGGUUUUAUGCUCUCAUGACAUACUCUCUUUCAGAAGAGAUCAGAUUGCUCGUACUCUGCUAGCUCAUAAUCCCUUCUUCCUUCCUGAUGUUAGUUCUGAAUCAGCUACAACCUCCCUUAAAGGGCACACUGAUGAUUAUAAAUCAUGCAGUGAUGCAAUCCAAAGAUCAGAUGACAUAACUGUGGAUAGCACAGCUUCUGUUAAGCGCCGGAUUAAAGUUCCUGUUUCCAUGGACACUGACCAAAAGACAGAUGAUGACUGUUCCACUUCCCAUGUUUUUUUUACCCGAAAGCUCACAGAGAGGUCUCAAUGUUCUGGGAAGCAGAUUCCUCAGAAGCCUUCUUCUGUUGCAUCUCGUAAUCUUUCUGAUGAGGGUGGAUGGAGGUCGAAAUAUAGAAAGCAUGCUGAGACGUUUGAGAAAGAGAUUAUAAUGACAUCAGAUCAAGCAUCUAUGAAGAAUAUGCGGCUACCUAAAGGAUAUCAAUAUGUUCCUGCUGAUAUCCUUCACAGUGGGGAGCAGAUAAACCAGGAUGCCUCUUCUUCUGGUGAACCAUUGGAACGUCAUGAGUAAAGGGAGGCAUCUUCUUUUGGGUUCUGAUUUUGCCUACUAAGGCUACCACCUGUCGAGGACAAAUAUAUUCUGCCCUGAGGCUGCCACAUUUAUCUGAUUAUGAAAGAGAGAAGGGCAGAAUGAACACCGAGCUGGGGUUCUGGGUUAUGGCCAGUGUCCUCAUAAAUGGGAGUCAUACUGGAUUGGGCAGGGAAAUUUUGACAAAAUUGUUGUAUAUUCAUUGUGAGAGUAAUUGUACAGUGGGUGAGGGUUAUUCCAUUUGCAUGCAUUAGAAGGGCAUGAAUGUCUUUGUAUUAAUGCUUUGUCUCUCUUGGGGAGGGGGUGGAAUGGAAGUUCAAUUCCUGCUUCUGGUUGUAUACGAGGGAAUUAGAGGGUAUCACCUACUGUGCCUGCUCUGUAAAGUCGGUGUAUAUAUUCCUACACAAUAUCAAUCAUCAAAGAAAUGGCGCUCAAGAUUGAUUAUA